UGUUCAUUCCUUACUUUCUGGGUGCGACCCUCCCUUACGUGCUUUACUUUCUUUGUAGAUUUCAGUUUUCUUUCAACUUUUUCUGAUCCCUUUCUCGGCUGUUCUUGGUCUAACGCUGUUCCUAAGCUAGAAUCGUGACUGGGCAGGUCUUUCCUUAUAGCGUUAGCUAACCUACUCUCACCAACACUUCUCGACCUGAGAGCUCUGUCAAUAUCAUUCCACGUGAGCGCCGGG